AUGUUCUGCGAGGACCACGAGUGCAAGCGCUCCGGCUGCACCGAGCGGAGGUUUCAGGGGCUUACUACGGACUGGUGCGUUGUUCACGUAUGCAAGGAGUACCAGAACGGAUGCACCAAGGAAGGCGAGCCGGCAAGAGGAAACUACUGCGAGAAUCACGAGCGAUGCGAAGAACCCAGUUGCAAUGAAGUGAGAUUCAUCGAGAAUGGGAAAGUGCGCCACAAGUGUGCGAAACAUUUCAACCCCUGCGGCUAUAAUGGCUGCUCGAACCCGAAAGACGGCAAACAUCACUGUACCAAGCACCGGUGCGAGGCGAGCCCGGACUGUGUGGCGGUGCCCAUGCCCAUGUCGGACUACUGCGCGGCGCACAAGUGCGCCGUCGUGGACUGCCGCGCGCAGAAGCGCGUCACCACCGGCGCUUUGCCCGUCAAGGCUUUACAGGCCAUGGACGCCUCGGGCCUGCAUAUGUCCAUGUUCGCGCUCGGCAUCUUCUGCGAGAAUCACCGGUGUAUGCACGAUGGCUGCAACAACCAGCGCGAAGGCGGCGACGGCGCCAAAUUUUGCGUAUCCCACACGUGCCGCAAGAAGGACUGCGUGCGCGAGGCUAUCGACAAGGGCCCUGACUCCGGCUGGUGUCUGGAACAUGCCGACGAGAGCAGCAGCAGCAGCAGCAGCAACUACUCAGGUGCUUCAUAUUACCGGCCCCGCCGUGGAUUUCGUUCUCUUUCUUCUGGAUCGCGUUCGAGAAGAGCAUUUUCUUUCCCAUCUCCUUGGUCGUAG